AAUGUACCACUCACAGCCUAGUAGAGGUGCUGUCUCCGCGGAUGGACAUCGGGAUCUAUGCUAGCAGCAAGCGCGCCAAGAAGAGGUUCAAGGAGGAGAAGGAGAGGGACAAGGAUUCGCACCCGGCCGGAGGGGAGAGCAAGGGGGACGAUUCCCGGGAUCCGGCGGCCGUGGUGGCGGCGUUCAAGGCGGCCGAGGCGGCGGAGAUUGACGCGAUGGCAGAGCUGAGGAUCAGGAAUCGGCUGAAGCAGUACGAGGACAAGGGCGAGGCGAAGUACUGCGUGUGCCGCAAGGGUCGCGGCGGCUUCAUGCUGCACUGUGAGCUCUGCCAGGACUGGUUCCACAGUGCGUGCGUGCCGCUGCCCAAGGUCGGCAUGCAGAAGAGCCGGCUGACGACGACUGCCGCGCUGCAGGUGGUCAAGGACCUCAAGUUCCUGUGUCCGCUGUGUCUGCGCUCGCGCCGGCCUCGCCUGGAGACGAUCCUCUCGCUGCUCGUGUCCCUGCAGAAGCUUCCCGUGAGGCUGCCGGAGGGAGAAGCUCUGCAGUGCCUCACGGAGCGCGCGAUGGGCUGGCAGGUAGGUGGUGGCAGGGUGUGA